AUGAAUAAAAAAGAAAAAGAACCAUAUCUAGUUGGCAUAAAUGUUCUGGAGAAAUCUACUGAUGAAGAGACUGCUACUGUCGAUAGGCUUUUAGCUGAGAAUAUUGUAGCAGCCGCUAGGAUCCAAACUGGCUACAUUAAGGAAGUCCGAAGACAUGGAAGAAAGGAGUCAGGCAAGCCACGAGUACUUAAGAUUCGACUUGAAGAUACAUGGCUAUGUUUGUAUUGA